CUUUGUAUUAAAAUCAGUUUGGAUCCACAUUGAUUCCAUAUUUAUCUGAUUUUGUUUCAGUAUCCAGCAGCAGAGACCAGAUUCUCUUGUAUCCAGCUGUCUGUCCUUAAAGAGUGAUAACUCAAUAUCAUUUGUCAUUGACUUUCAAGGACAAAAUCCAUCUGCUGAUACGAUAUUUGACCUGGAAAGCUCAGAUGAUCUAUGUGGUCAGUUCUUGGAGCAGGAUCAGAUGCAGCAUGACUCCCUAUUUCUGGAAGAUGACAAUACAGAGCAGAGGAGGAGCAGAAAUGACAGUGUGCGCUCUACCAUGAAUCAGUGGGACUACAGAGAGGAGGGAGAACCUCCCACUAAAAGUGCUCUGUGUGGGGACCAUGAGAGCCAGAUGAAACAUCUGAGCCUCGAGCAGCAACACACGCCACUGUCUGGUGGACCUGAACACAGCUGUUUGAAUCCUUCUGUUCUUCCUGGACAAGUGGCUGAUGGAAGUAUCCAGCAGCAGAGACCAGAUUCUCCUGUAUCCAGCUGUCUGUCCUUAAGGAGUGAUGACUCAAUAUCAUUUGUCAUUGACUUUCAAGGACAAAAUCCAUCUGCUGAUACGAUUUUUGACCUGGAAAGCUCAGAUGAUCUAUGUGGUCAGUGCUUGGAGCAGGAUAAAAUGCAGCACGACGUUUGUCAACAAAAACUUAAAUCCAACCUGAAGAAGAAGUUCCAGUCAGUGUUUGAAGGAACUGCUAAAGCAGGAAACCGAACCCUUCUAAAUCAGAUCUACACAGAGCUGUACAUCACAGAGGGGGAAACUUUAGAGGUCAAUGAACACGAGUUCCGACAGAUUGAAACUGCAUCCAGGAAACUUGUCAUAUCAGAGAGAUCAAUAAGAUGCCACGACAUCUUUAAAAGCUCACCUGGGAAAAAUGAGCCCCUCAGAUUAGUGUUAACAAAGGGAGUGGCUGGCAUUGGGAAAACAGUCUUAACGCAGAAAUUCACUCUGGACUGGGCUGAGGACAUAGCCAACCAGGAUACCCAGUUCACAUUUCCAUUCACUUUCAGAGAACUGAAUGAGCUGAAAGAGAGGAAGUACAGCUUGGUGGAACUUGUUCAUCUCUUCUUUACUGAAACCAAAGAAGCAGGAAUAUACAUUUUUGACGAGUUUCAAGUUGUGUUCAUCUUUGACGGUCUGGAUGAGUGUCGACUUCCUCUGGACUUCCUGAACAAUGAGAUCCUGACGGAUAUAACAGAGCCCACUUCAGUGGAUGUGAUACUGACAAACAUUAUCAGAGGGAAAUUACUUCCCUCUGCUCGCCUCUGGAUAACCACACGGCCUGCAGCAGCGAGUCAGAUCCCCUCUCAGUUUGUCAGCAGGGUAACUGAGGUUAAGGGGUUCUCUGACACGCAGAAAGAGGAGUACUUCAGGAAGAGGUUCAGAAAUGAGAAGCAGGCGAGCAGAAUGAUCUCCCACAUCAAGACAUCACGAAGCCUCCACAUCAUGUGCCACAUCCCAGUGUUCUGCUGGAUCACUGCUACAGUUCUGGAGGAGGCGUUGAAAAGCAGAGAGGAAGGAGAGCUGCCCAAAACCCUCACUGAGAUGUACAUCCAGUUCUUGGUGGUUCAGUCCAAGCUGAAGAAGGUCAAGUAUGAUGGAGGAACUGAGACAGAUCCACUCUGGAGUCCAAAGACCAGGGAGACGAUUGACUCUCUUGGAAAACUGGCUUUCGAGCAGUUGCAGAGAGGAAACUUGAUCUUCUAUGAAUCAGAUCUGACUGAGUGUGGCAUUGAUGUCAGAGCAGCCUCAUUGUACUCAGGUGUGUUCACACAGAUCUUUAAAGAGGAGAGAGGACUGUAUCAAGGCACUGUCUUCAGCUUUGUCCAUCUGAGUGUUCAGGAGUUUCUGGCUGCUCUGCAUGUCCAUGCAACAUUCAUCACCUCUGGUGUUAAUCUGUUAGAAGAAAAAACUUAUUGGAGGCCUGGCAUAUUUAAAAGCAAACAACAUCUGAACCAUCUCCACCAGAGUGCUGUGAACAAGGCCUUACAGAGUUCAAAUGGACACUUGGAUUUGUUCCUCCGCUUCCUCUUGGGUCUUUCCGUGCAGACCAGUCAGACUCUUCUGCAAGGUCUUCUCAAACAGACUAGGAAAGGCUCAGAGACCAGGGGUGAAAUAAUCCAGUACAUCAAGGAGAAGAUCAGCGAGAAUCAGUCGACAGAGAGAAGCAUCAGUCUUUUCCACUGUCUGAUUGAACUAAAGGAUCAAUCUCUAGUGGAGGAGAUCCAACAAUACCUGGGUUCAGGAAGACUCUCUACAGAUAAACUGUCUCCUGCUCAGUGGACAGCUCUGGUCUUCAUCUUACUGUCAUCAGACAAAGAUAUGGAUGUGUUUGACCUGAGUAAAUACACAACCUCAGAAGAGGCUCUUCUGAGGUUGUUGCCAGUAGUUAAAUCAUCCAACAAAGCACUACUGAAUUUCUGCACCCUCUCAGAAAAAGGUCUUGAAGCUUUGUCCUCAGUUCUUGGCUCCCCGUCCUCUUAUCUGAGAGAGCUGGACUUGAGUAACAACAACUUACAGGACUCAGGAGUGAAGCUCCUGGCAUCUGGACUGGUAACUCCAUGCUGUAAACUGGAAAAUCUCAGGUUGAGUGGCUGUUUCCUCUCAGAGAGAAACUUUAAUGCUCUGCCAUCAGUUCUCGGCUCCCCGUCCUCUUGUCUGAGAGAGCUGGACUUGAGUAACAACAACUUACAGGAUUCAGGAGUGAAGCUGCUGGCAUCUGGACUGGUAACUCCAGGCUGUAAACUGGAAAAUCUCAGGCUGUCGAGUUGUAACCUCUCAGAGAGAAGUCUUGAAGCUCUGUCCCCAGCUCUCAGUUCCCCGUCCUCGAGUCUGAGAGAGCUGGACCUAAGCAACAACGACCUGCAGGACUCAGGAGUAAACCGUCUGUCUGAUGGAUUAAAAAGUCCACACUGUAUCCUGGAAACUCUCAGGUUGUCCGGUUGUCUGAUCACAGAGGAAGGCUGUGGUUUUCUGGCCUCUGCUCUGAGCUCCAACCCCUCCCACCUGAGAGAGCUGGACCUGAGGUACAACCAUCCAGGUGAAGCAGGAGUGAAGAUGCUGUCGUAUGCAGUGGAGGACCCAGACUGGUUAAAGGCUGGUCUCAAAGUGGAGCCUGGUGGAGAUCAGUGGUUGAGACCAGGUCUAAGGAAGUAUUACUUGGAACUCGAAAUUGACGCAAACACAGUGAACAGGAACGUCCAGCUGUCUGACAACGAUAGGAAUGCGACCUACGUGGAGGAGGAUCAGUCACAUCCUGAUCACUCAGACAGAUUUGACCGGUGUCAUCAGCUGCUGUGUAGAAAUGGUCUGACUGGUCGCUGUUACUGGGAGGUAGAGUGGAACGGUGGGGUUCACAUUUCAGUGAGCUACAGGAGAAUCAGCAGGAAAGGAGACACGAAUGAUUGCUGGUUUGGAGGGAACGAUCAUUCCUGGACCCUGUUCUGCUCCGACGGAGGUUACUCUGUCUGGCAUAAUAAAAGAGGAACCUCCAUCCCUUCCUCCUCCUGCUCCUCCUCAUCCUCCUCCGUCUACAACAGAGUGGCAGUGUAUGUUGACCAUCCUGCUGGGACAUUGUCCUUCUACAGAGUCUCCCCUGACACACUGAUCCACCUCCACACCUUCAACACAGCAUUCACUGAACCUCUUUAUCCUGGGUUUGGGUUCUGGUCAUGGUCUCUCAUGUCACCUGGUUUCUCAGUGCGUCUGUGUUCUCUGUAGAGAGUCACCUCUCUUCAUAGAGACUUUAUCACUGAUGAUCACAUAGCUGCUAUUGUUUUGUACCAGCCUCGUCUCUCACUGGUGGCUUACCAGUCUGACGUAGACUGAAAGAUCCAUUGUCAUAAAGUAUUUAAUUUUCACUCUUGGUUAUUUUUAAAAUGUUGUAGAUAUUGUUGGAGAGUGUAGAUAUUCAGAGUAAAGAUUGCCCUGGGCCACAAUUCAGACCUGUCGUUACCCAGCUCUGUUCAGCUGGUUGGGACCAAGGGGAGAAUAUUCUCUGAUCCAAUAUUGUAGCUACAGGAACAAAACAGUGAUGGUUUGGGUUUGUAUAGGUCUUAGUAUACUUAUUAUAUUAAACAUAUUUAUGUUACUGGCAAUUGACUGAUCAUAAUAACUAUUACUACAUGUAUCUCAUUAUCUUCAGACAUCAUUGCUCAUUUGAACAAUGUCUGAAGGGAGCGACUUUUAUGUCAACCGCACCAUAUAAGGAGGCAACUAUUGCCAAGAGCAGUGGCUGUGAUACUGUUUUAAAGAUAUUUAUUCUUUGUGUGGAACUCCAUACCACCUCUUGUGGUUUUUGUGUUCUUAUUUCACACCUAUCAGCUGUUCUUAAAAACCAAGUAAAUGUUAAUAUUUCUGUCUACACGUUUAGCGUUUAUUAAAACCUUCCUCCCAUCA